CUCUUCCCAAUCGAUAGACGACCGUCCUCCUCCUCAAUCCGAGACAUCAAAAGAAAGGUUUGGCCCGCGACCGCCGACCCGCCGACUUCGAUGGACAAACCAACCACGCCGGCCGCUGCCGCUGCCGCCGCGUCCGUGGCCCCGAAUCAACCUGCGAACAAGACGAGCGCCGCGGCGCCCACACUGAAUAAUGAGCUGGAGAUGGGAAGCAUGGGCGGCGAUGCGCCAAGCGCAGAGAACGACAUCAUGCAGAUCGCGCGAGUAGGAGACGUUCCGGCCAUGGAGAAGCUCUUCGAAUCGGGCGAGUACGAUGCGACCUUCACUGACGAUGAAGGCAUCACACCCUUGCAUUGGGCAGCUAUAAACAACCAGUAUGCCAUGUGCAAGUUCCUCAUCGACAAUGGCGCAGAGAUCAACAAGAAGGGAGGCGAGUCCAUCGCGACACCUCUCCAAUGGGCCGCUCAGAGAUGUCACUACUACACCGUCAACUUCCUCCUCCAACACGGAGCCGACCCCCUCAUCACCGACGCUCAGGGCUACAAUACCCUCCACAUCUCGACCUUCAACGGCAACACCCUGCUCCUCGUCCUGCUGCUCCACCAAGGCAUUCCCGUAGACGUGCUCGAUAGUUACGGUCACACGGCGCUCAUGUGGUCCGCCUACAAGGGCUUCCCUCAAUGCGUGGACCUCUUCCUCCGCUGGGGCGCUAGCAUCCAUACCACGGACGAGCAGGGUUUCACCGCCCUGCACUGGGCGUUAGUCAAGGGCUCCCCCGCCUGUAUACAGAGGCUUCUCGAGUAUGGAGCGGACCGAUUCGCAAAGACGCAGACUGGCAAGACGCCCGCUGUUACGGCUAAGGAACUUAACACGACCGGCGCAUGGCAUCGUGCUCUUAAGGAGUGUGGUUAUGACGAAGACGGACAGCCGAUCGAGCCCAGCUUCCCGGGUUCGCGCUUCCUCCGCCAGGAUAAGAGGGGGUUCGUGACCAAAUUCCUGUUCUUGUGGCCCUUCCUUUUGGUUUGGUCUAUGAUUACGAUACUGGGAAGCAUGAACGUGUUUGCGGGUGUCUUCUUCUCUCUAGUCGUUGGUUAUGCGCUUCAAUGGUGCGCUCAACAGGUCAUCGAGUUUGCGCCCCCCGACAUGAGACACUUCCACAAGACUCCCUGGCUGGCUGGUAUCUUCUCCGCAUCCCUGUUCUUGGUCGGCCUCAGGUGGUUGACUACCAUUCUCCCCGCGACCACCGGUUCAGCUGAUGGCACUCACUCUCAUUGGUGGCUUAACCUGAUCUUUGGCGUAUUCCUCGGUCUAUGUGCCUACUUCUACAGCGCCGCGAUGCGAUACGACCCCGGAUUCGUGCCCAAGAUGAACGGCAUCGCCGAGCAAAAGGCUGUCAUUGAUGAGCUGCUCAAAGAGUGGAAGUUUGAUGAGACAAACUUUUGUGUUACGUGCAUGAUCCGGACUCCUCUUCGCAGUAAGCACUGCAAGCGGUGCCAGAAGUGCGUCGCAAAACACGACCAUCACUGCCCUUGGGUUUACAACUGCGUUGGUAUCAACAACCACCGCCACUUCUUCAUGUACCUGAUCAACUUGACGUUGGGCAUCAUUUCCUAUGACUUCCUCGUCUACUACUACUUCACAGAUGUCUCCGACAAGGUCUCAGAAACCUGCAACUUCCUUAGCCCCAGCCUAUGCAAGGUUGUCAACGCCGAUGGCUACACGGCAAUCCUCACCGUGUGGACAACUUUGCAGCUCACCUGGGUUGGUAUGUUGCUGUUCGUGCAAUUUGUCCAAGUCUCUCGCGCAAUGACCACCUACGAAAACAUGUUCGGCAUCCAAGACGGCUCCCUCACCACUGCCUUCACCUCAACGGGCACCCCUCUCGACCCGAACCACCCGUCGUUGAUUCUUCCGGAAACCACUGGCGCGCACGCCCACGGUCACAAGCACAAGGGCGGCCGUCUUCAACAAUGGUCUCGUCUCCUCGGCGUGGACCCCUUCAUCGAGACCAUUCGCGGCCGCGGCGCCGCGACCCAGAACAAGCGCAGGAAGAAGAACCCCUACUCCAACGGCUGCAUGGCCAACUGCCGCGACUUCUGGUGUGAUCCCGCGCCCACAUUUGGCCAGCGCGAGAACGGCUCCGCCAUGCUGGGUGGCGAGCCCGUCAACUACACCGCCAUGUACGAGAGCCCGACCCUGAUGAACAUGAGCAGAGGCCGGAGGAGAGCAGGCGGCUACGAGUCCGUUGCUGCAGAGGAGGUAUAAUAGACUUGUUUUUGUCAUGAUUGGAGGGAGGGGUGCCGGAUCAGUUUCACGACUGGUAUGGGAGGAAGCUGGAAAGCUGUCACUCCCCACCCCUCCUUUUGCGCGCUUUGCUUUUUCCAAGCGACGACUUCUAUGGAAGAAAGAUUACGACGAGGCUUAAGAUGAUGUUUUUUCUAUCCCCACAACGAAAGAAAGACGAGGCGUCAACGGGCGGCUGCUGCACUGCAUGGCUCGGGAUGUAUUAAUUGUUGGUAUAUGUAGAAGUAUGACUUUGGUGUUGAGGAAUGGGAGUCUUUUCUCCGUGU